AUGGCCUCGAACGGCACGCAGGAGGCCUUUGCGCCUACGGACGUCUUAGGUGCCGUCAUGACGAUGCGAAGCGGGGAGCAGGAGGCAAAGAAGAAGGCGCACGAAUACUUGGAGGCGUUCCAGAAAUCGUCCAAGGCCGAGCCCGAGGCGACACUCUUCGCCGCCAUCACACUUCGUGGAAAGAUCACCUAUGAUCUCAUCACUCAGGUGCCUCCGAACGAGCUGCCCGCACUUCGAAAUCAGAUUCUGCUCCUUCUGAAGCACUACGCCUCCGGACCGAAACCCAUCCGGGUCCAGCUAUGCGUGUGUCUGGCCAUUCUGGCGAUCCAAAUGAAGGAUUGGAACGAUGUGCUCCAUUCGGUUGUCCAGUCCCUGAGCGACAGCCCCGAGAGCCAUGCUUGUAUCCUCGACUUUUUACGAGUCCUUCCCGAGGAGGUGACUGAAGGUCGAAAAAUUACCUUGUCUGAAGAAGACCUUGCAUUGCGGACGCAGGCAUUGCUGGGAGAUAAUGCAGACCAAGUCGUGCAGCUUCUCAUCAAUUAUUCGCAGUCUUCACCUGCCGCAUCUCAAAACCCACUCCUGAUGGAAUGCAUCACAUCCUGGCUUCGCGAAGUCCCCGUGGCCACCAUCGCCAAUUCACCGCUUCUGGAUGCGAUUUUCCAUGGGAUAGCAUCUGACGGGUGCAGUCAAGAGGCUGCAGAGUGUCUGAGCACGAUGUUAAGAGAGACGGGCGACGUUGACGAAUCCCAAGAUAUUAUCCAGACUUUAUUCCCCCGAAUCAUCAGUCUGACGCCGCGCAUUGCUACCCUCGUCGAAGAAGAGGAUACCGAAGGGCUGAAAUCUCUAACCAAGGUUCUAGCAACAGCAGCCGAAAGCUGGGUGGUGGCCAUUGCACGACAGCCAACUCAAUUCCGGCCCCUCGUUGACGCUGUCCUCGAAUGCGCCGCCCGAGACAAGGAUCGAGAGGUUAUCGAGCACACAUUCAACUUUUGGUAUGAACUGAAGCAGUAUCUGGUGCUGGAAAGAUAUAUUCAAGGUAGACUGGAGCUGGUCGAUGUCUUCUCCAAGCUUGUGGAUAUUCUUCUAUUGCAUCUGCAAUACCCACGACCGGAGUCUGGAAGCGAAACGGAUCUGUUUGACGGAGACCGCGAGCAAGAAGAGAAAUUUCGCGAGUUCCGACACCAAAUGGGCGACACGCUCAAGGAUUGCUGUGAAGUAAUGGGCGUCACCGAGUGCCUCACCAAGGUGCUUCAUGCCAUCCAGCUGUGGACGCAAAAAUACGCAAGCCAGGCCACCGAAGCAACAGUGCCGCAUUGGCAAGAGCUUGAGGCUCCGCUGUUUGCGAUGCGUGCCCUCGGCCGCAUGGUGGACAAGGAGGAGGAUGUCGUUCUCCCUCAGCUGAUGCCCCUGUUGGUGCAGAUGCCUAGCCACGAGAAGCUGCGCUUUGCCACCAUCAUGGUGCUUGGACGCUAUACGGAGUGGACGGCGGCUCACCCCGAGUACUUGGAGCCUCAGUUCAACUACAUUGUCAACUCAUUCCAGUCCGACUCACGAGAAAUCAACCGCGCGGCGGCGCUGUCUCUCAAAUUUUUCUGCACCGACUGCAAGCAUCUCCUCAGCGGCCAAGUGCUGCAGCUUCAGACGUUCUAUGACCAGGUCUUGGAUAAGCUGCCGGAUCUCAGCAAGGAGGAGGUCACCGAGGGCGUUUCCAAUGUCCUCGCUGUCCAGCCUGUUUCCGAGACCUAUCGCUUGCUCAAGACGUACUGCGAUCCUCUGGUCCAAAGGCUGAUGACAAAGGCAAACCAUGCGACCACAGACGAGGGUAAACUGGCCGUAGCAGAUCACCUACAGCUCAUCACCAUCUUUGUGCAGAAUGUGAUGCCACUCAUUAACCCUGGAGAGGAGAAUCCUGCAGUUAAGUACUGGCAGGAGAUCUUCCCUAUUCUGUCUACCGUCCUGGACAACUUCCUCACCUUCUCUCCUAUCUGUGAGAGAGUAUGUAGGUGCUGGAGAAACAUGGUCAUUUCCUACCGUACUGCGAUCGCGCCCAUGCUGGCGGACAUGGCAAACAAAUUGGCUAGCGGCUUCAAUGUCUCUAGGGAAGGCUGUUUCCUCUGGGUCACGUCUGCCAUUCUGCGAGAGUUCUCUGAGGCACGGGAGCACGUGGAUCCAUCCAUCACCGAAAAUAUCUACACGUUCUUUGAAGCGCAAAUGACGACGUUCCUGAGAGUCAUGACCGAGCUACAGCCCAAGGAGCUGCCGGACGUGAUUGACGACUUCUUCCGACUACUUAUUGAUGCGCUGCUGUACUAUCCUCAGAAGCUGGUGCCGUCCCCACUCUUGGUGCCCAUCUUCGAGGCCUCCAUCUACGCCUUGACGCUGGAGCAGCGGGAUCCUCUUUCUUCCACUCUUCACUUCUUGAGGGAUCUGCUGUCAUACGGUGGCGACAACCCGGCCACCAGUGAGGGGCUGCCGGAAGCAACCGCGGCUGAAAUCAGGACUAUAGUAAAGAGCCUCCUCGCCAGCCACGGUGAAAACCUGGUAAAGCAGUGCAUGGCCGGCAUGAUGAUUACCUUCCCAAGGGACUGCUUCGCGGACGGUAGUGGCGUUUUGCUUAGUCUUUUCGAGCUUUUGCCCGUGGAGACGACGGAAUGGGUCUCGCGCACUAUCCAGUUACUGCCUCAAGGCACUGUAUCUCCGGAAGAAGCAAACAGACUGAUGGCCAAGAUCAAGGAGCGACUUGCGGUGAAUGAGGCCGGAGGUAUCCGACACGUGAGGGUGCUACUGCAAGACUUUACCAACACAUAUCGGCGCCGUAACGUUGCUCCUCGAGACGGCCUCGGACAGCUCGAGGCAACCAGAUUCCAGUUUGCCGGCUGA